CCUAAGCCAUUUACUGAAGCCCUAGGGGCACGCUUCCCGGUCCCUGCUCCCCCAAAUUGAACUUCUCGAGGUCGGAGGAGAGAGCGGAGAGAUGCAGAAGAGGGAGCCCGGCAAGGCUGGGGGCUCCAACCCUACGCCGGCGAAGCGCGGCCGCCCGUUCGGAAGCACCACUGGAGGCGCCGCUUCUUCCGCCUUGGCCGGCGGCGAUUCAGCUGCUCCAGCGUCGCUCCUCGGCCCUUCUAUCCAAGUCCCCGCCUCCUUCGCCGAUCAAAACAAUAAGAGGAUUGUUCUAGCUUUGCAAAGCGGAUUAAAGAGUGAGCUGACAUGGGCUUUGAAUGCUCUUACGUUGCUCUCUUUUAAAGAGAAGGAUGACCUGCGUAGAGAUGCAACACCUCUUGCUAGGAUACCUGGACUACUAGAUGCUCUCCUUCAAGUUAUUGAUGAUUGGCGCGAUAUAGCGAUUCCUAGGGAUUUUACAAAGCCAGCAAGGGUAAGAACUUUAGGAGCAAAUUCUAUGGUUACAGGUUUUGGGAAUGAGUAUGAAGCAUUGGGCUGUACUGAUGCCCUAUCGCAAGCAGGUCCUGGAACUGGUUUGUCCAACACAGAGGCUUCUAGUCGCAAAAAGCAGCGGUCUGUGGAAUGGUGGUUUGAUGAGGAUGGCUUAUUCAAUCUGGAUGAAGAAGGACGGGCAGAAAAACAACAAUGUGCCGUCGCUGCAUCUAAUAUCAUCCGCAACUUCUCUUUCAUGCCAGAUAAUGAGGUUAUUAUGGCUCAACAUAGACAUUGCUUGGAAACGGUAUUUCAAUGCAUAGAAGAUCACAACACAGAAGAUGAGGAGCUCAUAACUAAUGCACUUGAGACAGUUGUCAAUUUAGCACCACUGCUGGAUCUGCGGAUUUUCAGUUCAUCCAAACCAUCAUAUAUCAAAAUGACCGAGAAACGUGCAGUUCAAGCCAUCAUGGGGAUGCUGGGAUCUUCAGUCAAAGCAUGGCACUGUGCAGCUGCUGAAUUGCUGGGGCGCCUGAUAAUAAAUCCUGAUAAUGAACCAUUUCUUCUUCCAUCAGCACCACAGAUAUACAAGCGACUAGUUGAUCUUCUGAGCCUACCAGCUGUAGAUGCACAGGCGGCUGCAGUCGGAGCACUUUAUAACCUUACAGAAGUGAAUAUGGAUUGCAGGCUGAAGCUUGCCAGUGAACGAUGGGCUGUUGAUAGACUCUUUAAGGUAGUCAGGGCUCCACAUCCUGUGCCUGAGGUCUGCAGGAAAGCAGCAAUGAUAUUGGAGAGCCUGGUCUCUGAGCCUCAGAACAGGGCUAUGCUCCUUGCCCAUGAAAGUACCUUUGCAGAGAUCCUCAUGUCAGAUGGAAGACAUUCUGAUACCUUUGCACGGAUAUUGUAUGAGCUAACUUCAAGGCCAAACAAUAAAGUAACAACAGCUCGAGGUGUUUGGGGUAUGUGAGACGAUACCCAAAAUGCAAUGCAGUUGGCUUUGACAUAUGUAUGAACUGUUUCUUAUUGGAAUAUAUUGUAGUUAUUGAUGUACACCAAGAGUAUUUCUAUCUGAACCAAAAAUUAGGUCAUAAGAGAAUGAGUUAUAAGCUGUAUGCAUAAUAUGACGAGUCAUAUUGAUCUAUAGUGAAGUCGCUCAUUCUACAAAUGUUGUAAUUUUGCUUGUAUUGAGAACUGCACUAUUGCAUUUUAGAGAAGACUAAAACUGAAUGAUCAAGUUGAGUUCCUCGCGCA